CCAAGAAGCAUUGAUAGAAGCUUCGUGCUUCAGCCUUUCGUUCGUGCCUUCUUCCGCAGCCAUUUCCCUCGCUACAUUUUCCUCUAGUACAGCCAACACUGACCUCGAAUAGAUACGAUCCACGUCACGUAGACCGUCUGUCGAGCGCGGUGUUCGAGCAUCCAUCAUUCGCGCAUCCUCUAUUCUCGGAUAAGUGAGGUCCCGUGAAUCCGCCACGCCACGCCACGCCGCGCCGCGCCGCGCCAUCUCCAACGAAGUUCCGUGAAAUAAGUGGCGGACCGAUUGUUUCUUCUCGCCGUCGCGCGCUAGAAUAAGGCUCGUUAUAAAUGCGCGACAAAGUGCUUCCAGGUCCGCCUUUUUUUCAAGACCGUAAGGUCAUUUCAACGACGCCGAAUCCGCCCUGCCUCUCCGCCCCAGACUCGAACCGUUGUGUGGAUGUUGGAAUCGCACAGCGCGACGAUUUUCAGCAAUAUUUGUUGCAAUAUAAGAGGCUCGUCAGAACGUCGUUCCGCGACAAGCUGUCAUUUCGCAAGCGCGGUCGGCCUGCCAUCUUUUGAGUCGACUCAAAAGUCUGCCAUCCGGACCUAGUUGAAAAUCUCCGUUAAACGGAUCCAACAGUUUCCGUUCAAGUGAUUCUACUACCAGAGUGCAUCGAAGUAGCGCCUAGUUCCACAAGUCAGAUAGGAGGAUUGGGCGAGAUCUCGUUCGAAACAUCCAGCCGUUUCAACGGAUUGCUUUUGAGGCGCCUCAAAAGCAGUUUCCGUUCCAAGUGAUUCUACUAGCGGAGUGCAUUGGAGUAGCGCGCAGUUCCACAAGUCAGACAGGGGGAUUGGGCGGGAUCAUCUCGCUCAAGGCAUCCAGCCGUUUCAACGGAUUUGCGUUUCAACUCAGACGGGUUUCAUCCUGAAGGAGGGUUUCAACCCUAAGGCGCGUUUCUACUCGCAGGAAAGCGCUCGAGAGGCAGGGCUUUAAAGAUCUCGAGAGGCAGGACUUGAAAGUUGUCGACAUGCAGAAGUGGCUGGGCGAGCUCCCGGAGGAGCGGCGCUCGCAGAUCUUCAGCGGCGUCGCAGGCGCGGGGGCAGGAGCCAUAGCUGCCACGUUCGUCGCGCCGCUCGACGUUGUCAAGACGCGGCUCCAGGUGCAAGCAGUCCCCCGCAGCCGACCACAACCGCCCGCCGGCAGCUCUACCGGCCAACCAGCCGGCAGCUUAGCUGCCGCCGCCCAACUUAACCAGCACUGCAACCCUACCCCAGCCCAGCCCUCCAACCGCGCAAGCGGUGGCGCUGGCGCUUCCGCCACCCCCUCCCCCUCCCCCUCUCCGCACGCGCAAGCGACGGUUCCCCCCUGCAGCUCCGCCAAUGGCGCCUCCGCAUCACCCCCUCAGUCAGCGGGGGCGCGCUCGGGCGCUGGAACUGUCCCCGCUAUGAGCAUCCUCGCUGCAAGAAACGGGCUGUCUAUUAUGCAGGCGGGGAUUGGCAGGCAAGCAGCAGCGGCGGGGCAAGAAGCCGCCGCCAGUGCAUUGUCGGGGGGCCCGCACUCCCGCCCCCCUGGGCCCCCCCACUCCCCGGGGCCCCCUGGGCUCCCGCGCGCCUCCCUCUCUCCCCUCUAUUCGCAUGGCGCGCGGCCGGGCGGAAGCAGCAGAGACGCGGGGAACGGAGCGGGGAGUAGCAGAGGCGCGGGGGGCAGCGUAGGGGGGAAUGCAGGGGGGGGCAAUGCAGCGGGGGGGAACGCAGCGGGGAGGACGGAGAGCAGGGGUAGCGGCGGAGGGGCGCAUGGGCGCGCGGGGAGGGCGGGUGGCGCGAAGGGGGCGGGCGCGAAGGCGGGGGUGAUUGCGACGACUCUGCGCGCCAUCUGGCGGGAGGAGGGCGUCCGAGGGCUGUACAGGGGGCUCUGCCCUUCUGUCGUUGCGCUCCUCCCCAACUGGGCGGUGUAUUUCUCGGUGUACGACCACCUCAAGAAGAUGCUAAGUGCGGACGACAUGGCAGCCAGUUGCGGGGGGGACUGCUGUGGAUCCACCUGCACAGGAAGAUGCAGCCGAGCCUCCUCCUCCUCCCCGCUGCCCCUUCUGACCAGCGUCACCGCAGCAGCAGGCGCUGGCGCUGCAACUGCUGUGCUCACCAACCCCCUGUGGGUCGUCAAGACACGUCUACAGACGCAGGGUCUGCGCCCCCAUCGCCUGCCGUACAAGGGCACGGUGUCUGCCCUGGUGCGGAUAUUCAGGGAGGAGGGCAUCGCGGGAUUGUACAGUGGUGUCGUGCCCGCUCUGGCCGGAGUGAGCCACGUGGCCAUCCAGUUCCCCAUGUACGAGCACCUCAAGCAGACCAUGGCAGAGAGAGCAAACACGAGCGUUGAUAAGCUAUCGCCCAUGGACCUCGCUCUGGCUUCUGCGGUCUCGAAAGUGGUGGCUUCCACUCUCACAUACCCUCAUGAGGUGGUGCGUUCGCGACUGCAGGAGCAAGGAAGAGCGAUAGCAGCAGCGGGUGCAGAUGGCAUGGCUCCCCGCUACCUUGGUGUUAUAGACUGCAUUCAAAAGAUUGUGAGAGACGAAGGCGCGCAAGCGUUCUACAGAGGCUGUGUUGCCAACUUGUACAGAACCACGCCAGCCGCUGUCAUUACUUUCACUUCGUUCGAGCUUCUACUUCGGUUUCUCCCAGUAGCAUUUCCGAUGGCAGACGCUCAAGUGUUGGUGGUGGAUGCCCAAGACCAUGAGUAGAUUUCUCAAGGGUUUGCAUUGCAGGUUUUGGUUGUGUAAGAUAAGUUGUGAUUCAUGGUAUUAUCAUUUUGACAACGUAUUUC